GUCAGAGCUCUCGCUGUCUGCAAACAGCAGUUCUCUUACUGUCCAACUAGUCUAGUCCGACAAGUUACACCGAACAAAAAUCCUUAUCAAUUCUGAUGAAAUAAAAAUGCCGACGUUUUAAAGUUAGCAGUCCCACAGUGAGGGAACAAUAUGGAGGAUAUACCCAUACCGGACUCAGGGUUCGAAGAUCUGCUGAAGAGCUAUGAGAAGGAUUUGGUAAAUGAAGAAUUAAUUCUCUCAGCACUUGAAGACGUAGACUUCGAUAUAUCAACAUACCAGGAUAGCAUUAACUUCCAGGACUUCAUAAACACGGAUGAACCUGUCAGAGAGGGAUCUUCAACAACAGUUCAGCAGGGACGGUCCAGUGUUAUUGUACAGACAGGAAACCUAAACAAAUCAGUUUCACAAAACAGAACAAAUGUUGCGGCAAAGAGUAAGGCUACAAAUGGAACUAUCUACGCAAAUGCUCAACCAGGACAAACCAUUCAUACCUUGGUUAACACAAGCCACGGUCCAGUUCUUACUCCGGGUAUACCAAUUACACUGCUGACAGAAUUGGAUUCGUCAGAUUUUAGUUUGAAAAAUUUGCUUCAACGACCUCAGGAUGCUUCUCAGCAGAAUCCGAUACAAUUUAGUAUAACCCCUGGGAUAAACCAACCAAGAACGGUUCGAAAAUCUGGUCACAAUAUUAUAGAGAAGCGAUACAGAUCAUCUAUUAAUGAAAAAAUUACAGAACUGAAGGAUAUAGUAGCGGGGGAGGGAGCUAAACUUAACAAAUCCGCAAUUCUCCGGAAAGCCAUAGAGUACAUCAAAUAUUUACAGAAUCAAAACAUGAAAUUGAAACAAGAGAACAACGGACUACGGAAGAGAAUGGGCUGCCAAUCAUUUACAGGAGGUGGUGGUGGAGGAGGAGGAGGAGGAGUUGGUUACCAGCAAAUCAAUGGUUCCAUCAGUCCAUCAUACUCCGACCAAGCAUACAGUCCUACAAAGAGCUUGGACAAUUCGGACAGUUGCAAUGACGAGUUAAGUUUGUCUCCUGCUUCUUAUGUAUACGAAACAGGUUCUCCCGUGAAUGGAAUGGUUGAGAAAAGUAGACUCAUGGAUAAAUCCAGAUUAGGAUUAUGUAUGCUCCUGUUCUCUGUUGUACUGUUUAACCCCCUUGGUGUACUGUUUAAUGAGCGGGAUUCCCUGUACACCACUGUUGCUGGAGGAGGAAGAACAAUUCUGGAGACAGAUACCCCAGCCUCCUUUAACCAGCUGUUCAAGGAGUUCUCUUCCUCAUUCCUACUUUCCAUCUUCAAUAUACUCGUCCUAUUAGUAGGUCUGUGCAAAAUUUUGGUGCGAACGGAUGAUUACUGCGAAGAGAAUCCAAAGAAAAUGGCAAAAUAUUGGCAGAUCAAGAGACAAGCAGAAAGAGAGAUUGAGUCCAAAAUGGGUCUGAACGCAAUGCGCUAUCUUGAAGAAGCAGCUAGCUUGUUGGGUCAACCUGUCCCUAGAUGCUGGCUAGAAUCCUGUUUUUCCUUAGCCUGGCAGUGCAUGCUUUUAGGCUUUUACAAAAUCGGUUUAGUUCAGCUAAUUUUUAGCCUAAAUCAACCGAAUCCAGCGAAACAGAUUAACAUUGGCUCGGCUAAAAAAAUAAACCUUGGUCAAAAUAAACUGAUAAAUACAGAAAUAGCGGAUAUCUACAAACUGUAUACCCAGGUGUAUCUGUGUGGGAAGGAGAGGAUUGGUAUUCAAGGUUUAGUUCUUGCUUUAACUGCUGUAAAUGCAGCUAAAUAUUCUAACUGCAGAGCAAAGGAUUUGACCGCUAUAUAUAUCCAGCUGGCGAUGACGGUCAAGCUGUUCAGCUCCUGGAUCCCUGCAUUCAUUCUCAGGUAUAUCCUUAACCUGGGAAAAGGACUGCCAAAGAAGGAUCAUGGUGGAACUGAACAAUCCUGGAUUCUGGGAUCCCAGGGAUCAAACUUUUUAAUUCAUCAGCAUUGGAACCUUCAGGUUGACCCCUGCUUGGGUUUGACCAGCCAAGCGAGCGGGCUGAACCCUGCUGACAUGCUGCUAAACAAGUUUAAGAAUAUGAACCUCAACCUAGCUCUCAACACAAUAAUCUGCCCAACACAAGAGAGAAAUCUGUCCCACGUGGCAGCCAUCUUGGAAUCUGUAGAAGCAGCGAACACAAGAACCGGUUCCUUAAUCUCCAACAGUGUCGAUCUGGUGGCCUCCUGGUGGGUAGAUGUCUUCAAAUGCAUUUCUUUAUGGAACUCUAAUCAGAUAGAAGCCGCCACUGCUUUGUAUCCUGAGAUUGACAACCUCCCUGUUCUCUAUCAGGAAUGUGAGAAUCCAGCAUAUGUAGCGCUGCUUGCUGCUCAUACCACCCUCAGGACAGUUUUAGUAGGAGAAUAUUUAACUGGUGAAUCUAUGUGUAAUGAUACUACUGAGUUUCUAGAAGAGGCUGUCAGAUUUUAUUUGGAUCGUGGAGAGAAAACAGACACCACAAGUCAGGUAGGAUAAUUUAGUUUUAAAGAGACUGAUGGCAAGUUUAUAAUAGUUUUU